AUGUCCGGCGAACUCCAGACUAUCCCUGCGCGCCAUGGCGUCGCGACGUUUGUGCCGCGCGGCAGGACGAUCAAGGUUAUUAAUACCUAUGGGAAACAGGUGGUGAGCAUGUGGGCUUUUACGCUGGGGCCGCCGCCGGAAGAGGGUGAGGGAAUGGGAGAGGGGGAGGUGGUGGAGAAAGAGGUGGGUGAGGAGGAGGUUAGGAGGGAGGCUGAGGGGUUGAAGAUGGCGGUGGAGGAGGAGGGGAAGAAGGAAGAUGGGAUGGGGAGCGAGGGCGGCAAGGAGAAGAGCAAAGAUGACAAGGAGAGCGAGGACAGCAAGCAGAGCGAAAAGGGCGCGGAGACACAGCCAAGUGAAGACAAAACCAACGAAACAACCCAAGAUGCCAAAGAUCUACCAAAACAAACUCCAGAUGCCCCCGAACCCGAAAAGACCGCCGAAACCACGACAUCCUCGUCCCAGCAACCCGUAAAGCGCACUUGGGCGUCAUAUCUCCCUUCCAUACCGUACCGCAAUAAAGGAACAGCAACCAAGCAAGAAGUGGAGCAGAAGCCGAGUCCUGAGCAGGAAAAGAAACAGAACGAGGAGAACACCAAAAAAUGGUCUUCGUAUCUUCCUACAGGCAAGAGUUUCUCGAGCUACGUACCCAACGUCGAAGUUCCAGACUCAAAGUCUGUUCUAAGCGCAUUCAAGGCGAGUCAUUAUCGUGACCCGAACAAGAGCUAUGCGGAGCAACUAUACGACUUCUCAAAGACACCUGUGGGUGCAGGAACAAUGGCUGCUGCUACCGGCUCAGGCUACGCAUCCUCAGUAUACGCUGCCUACUCAGCAUACGCCUCUAUGCACCCCUCCAACUCAUCCCAACCGCCCAUGGAAUACCUCUCCCUCCCUCACACACGCACCGCAUCCCACAAACUCGUGCCAGAAGUCAACGACGAGCUUCUCACCAAUCUACGCAAUCCCAUCAUGACCUUGAUCGAAGACACAUCGCCCGGAGCCCACGAUACCCUGACGGCCGCAUGCGACGCCAACCAAUACGCAGCUCUAGGCGUGGAGAAGCCCGCAGAACACGGCAGCUGCGCCGAGAACCUCGUGCUCGCGCUCAAGGAAAUCAACGAGACAUCCGGUCUCAAAGGCACAAAAGCCGUAGGCGCAGACAUCACCGUCAACAUUGCGCCCACCCCUCUCCAUCUCUUCAUGAACGCGCCCCUGGAUUCCGAAGGCCCAGAUCAAAGCGAUGGCGCUGGCGCAAAGGGCGUUACACUCCGCGUGGAAGAGCCACAGGGCACGAAGCGCUGCUUUGUGCGGUUCCGCGCUGAGCGCGACAUUGUCGUCGUCUUCAGCGCGUGUCCCAUGGAUGUCGGCAAGCAGAACGGCGGGCGCUGCAUGGCCAGCAACUUUAUGGUCGAGGACCUCAAGGAAGGAGAGGAUCUCGCGUCUUCCAUCUCGUCUGACAGGACGAGCAGGAUGUCUGCGAAACACGGGCAAAAGGAAAAAGUAGAGCAGCAGGAGAAAGAUGAUAAACAAGAGUCUGAGAAGCCCCAUGUGCCCAACGGAUUGGAUAAGAAUGUGGACAAGGAAAAGGAUGCAGUGCCUGAGCAACCGAAGCCUAGGAAGAAGCCUAAGAAGCUCCAGGUAAGGAGUCAGCCUGCUCCUACGCCUGCAUAGUCUUUUUUUUGUAGGCUAGAUUCACGUUUGACGCGAUUAUUUUUUUUUCUCUUUUGCUUCAACCUUUUAAUACCAUGC